CUCACAGGGGCUGGGCCAGGCCGGGGCAGCCAUGGCAGCCGUGAUCCUCUGGAUUCCUCUCCUUGUGGGUCUCUCGGUAGGGCUGGGGGGCACCCAGGCCCAGCAGAACCCCCUCCACCCACUUGUGGGCCGUGUCUUUGUGCACACCUUGGACCACGCGACCUUCUUGCGGCUCCCCGAGGACACUGCUGUCCAGCCCUCUACACGCAUCACCUACCACGCCCACCUCCAGGGACACCCGGACCUGCCCCGGUGGCUCCGAUACACCCAGCGCAGCCCCACCCAGCCUGGCUUCCUCUAUGGCACGGCCACCUCGGAAGAUCGCGGGCGCCAGGUCAUCGAGGUCACAGCCUACAAUCGGGACACCUUCGCCACCACUCAGAAGAGGCUGGUGCUGUUGAUUGGGGACCCUGAAGGCCCCCGGCUGCCGUACCAAGCCGAGUUCCUGGUGCGAAGCCACGACGUGGAGGAGGUGCUGCCCUCCACGCCCACUAGCCGCUUCCUCACGGGCCUGGGGGGCCUCUGGGAGCCCGGGGAGCUUCAGGUGCUCAACGUCACUUCCGCCUUGGACUGUGGUGGCCGUGUCCCUCUUCCCAUCGAGGGCCGCAAGGAAGGGGUAUACAUCAAAGUGGGCUCUGCCACGCCCUUUUCCACCUGCCUGAAGAUGGUGGCGUCCCCUGACAGCCACGCCCGCUGUGCCCAGGGCCAGCCCCCGCUCCUGUCCUGCUACGACACCUUGGCACCCCACUUCCGCGUUGACUGGUGCAACGUGUCCCUGGUGGAUAAGUCAGUGCCGGCACCUGCAGACGAGGUGCCUACCAUUGGGGAUGGCAUCCUGGAGUAUGAUCCAUUCUUCUGCCCUCCGACCGAGGCCACAGCCCGAGACUUCCUCGAAGACGCCCUGGUCACCCUCCUGGUGCCUCUGCUGGUGGCUCUGCUGCUUACCCUGCUGCUGGCCUAUGUCAUGUGCUGUCGGCGAGAGGGACGGCUGAAGAGAGAUCUGGCCACCUCUGACAUCCAGAUGGUCCACCACAGCACCAUUCUCCAGAACACGGAGGAGCUGCGGCAGAUGGCGGCCACCCGCGAGGUGCCCCGGCCUCUCUCCACCCUGCCCAUGUUCAAUGUGCGCACAGGCGAGGGGCUGCCACCCCGUGUGGACAGCGCCCAGGUGCCCCUCAUCCUGGACCAGCCCUGAGGGCCCCGCGAGAGAGCUGCUGAUCCUUGGCAAGGGCUGAUUCUAGCUCCUGGCCCUGUUGGACCCCACGCUCAGAGGAAGCAGAGUGUUGGGAGGUGUUUGGAGUCUGGAUUCCCGGAAUAAAUGCCUGCUGCUUACUGUCUACUGCCGCCAGAGCCUUCCUCUCUGCAGCCUCCCGAGGUCCUCACUGCCCGCAUUGCUCUUUCUGCCUUCUGGGGUCCCCCGGGGCUGCCAGCCUGCCCUUUGGACUCUUGGCAUUUGCUGUCUUUUCAAAUCCCCCGGAAGAGGGAAGGCUCUUCUAUGUGCAGCUGUCACACAAACUGGACAACGACAGAUGAGUGGAUCAUCAUCCCCAUUUUAUAGAUAGGGAAACUGAGGCCUAGGGAGAGUGACAGACCCAAGCUCACAGAACAAGCUGGUGUCAGAGCUUGGUUUAGAACCUGGCCUGUCUGCUCACACACUGCCUUCUGGAGGGUCGGCAAAGGAGGAGGUCCAGGCCCCUACCUGGAGCUUUAGUUGGGUUCUUGCUGCGCUGAGUGUCACCAGCGUGGUGUCCGCACAGUCCUGGAGAGCUCAGCUGGCCAUGCAGAGACCCGAGGCUGCUUUCCCAGGUGGCCACUCUGCCCUCCCACUGUCAUCAGCGCUGUCUCCGGGGCAAUGUGUUAUAGCUUCCUCCUGAGGACAGCCUGAGAGAGGAGCAGCUAAAUGACAGCAGAGGAGCAGGGAACAUGCCAGGCCUUCUCCAGGUGGCAGGUGCAAGAGGGUCCACACAAGGCCCGGCAGCCACCUCCUAUCCCUUCCCUUCUCCGCGGCUGGGAGCCCCCAGUCCACACAACUCCCACCCAGGGCCUCCUUCCUAGCACCCCCAGCUCUGUGAGAGGAGAGGCUGUCGGGGCUCACUGUUUCCAUCUGCUUCCUGCACUAGAACGCCGUCUUUGGCCACCGGCUCCGAGGGCCCCACGUGCACACUUGAAGG